GCCUGCUACUCACUCUGACACACACACACCCACUGCCUCCCUCUCUCACUGUCGCAGACUUACACUGGGUCACUCCCUCCCAUACUUGCUCCCUCUCCAUUUCUCGCAGUGUCAUACACACACACUCCCGGGUAUACACACACCGACACACACACAGAGUCAGUCAUCAACAACUCUCAUUCAACUCUCUCUCAGCCACGGGUGAGCAGCUCAGACAGGCAACUUGUUUCUAUCCAGCUGGAAAGAGCAGAGCAUCGCAAGGUGCACACACUCACCCUAACAUCAAGACCAAGACUCAUUAAAUUAGACUAAACUCAAAAAACUUGCACUCAUGCUUAUCCUUAAACAUCCUAGGACUUUGUCCAUUGAGCAGUGAGGAAGACAUCGAGGAGCAAGAAGGAGCUGUAUCAAGGAUGGACUUAAGAGAGUGGAGCAUGUUUAUGGAGCAGAACAAGUGAGUUCAAAGCAAAAGAUGACAACCAGAGAGAGACUUUUGGCAAUUUUGACUCCAUGGGAACGUCCAGCUGUUUAACUAAAAGUGGAGACUAUCAGUGACAACCAGAGGAUCUGCUGUGAUUGCCAUUUCCAUCCCUUCCAUCUGCAAGACUCCCACCCUCCGCACUGAUAUUGCUUGAUCAUCAGCAUGUCUACAGCUUGCACAAGGUGCACCUUGGGAGCCUGACCCACCAUGUACAGAUGGACGUCAUUUGCACUUCAUCUGUGCCCUAAGCUUAACUUCAGAUCCACCACCGCUGCAACCUCGACUAGAACGUUCGUCCCCCUUCCUCCUGCAUCCUCCUUUACCCUGAUAUGGCUCUCCCUGCUCCUAUUCACCACUGGCAGGGCCACAGGGGCCUGUCCUCCUAGAGCAGGGCAUGAGCCCCUUCAGGGAGUGGAAAGCGGCAUAAACUGUUCAUGGACUUUGGAAAGGCACACGCGUAGUUACAAUCACCUGGAGGGUGACGUCAGACUCCGGCGGCUUUAUUCAGCCAACAAGUUCUUCCUCUGCAUUGACAAAUCCGGAAAAGUGGAUGGCACUCGGCGAAAAAACUAUGCUGAUAGCUUGAUGGAAAUCCGAUCCGUCAGUGUGGGAGUUGUUGCCAUCAAAUCUGUCAGUACUGGGCUGUACUUAGCCAUGUCCAAGAGAGGCACACUCUUUGGAUCGGUGAAGUACAGCCCAAGCUGCAAGUUCAAAGAACGCAUUGAGGAGAACGGCUACAACACCUACGCCUCACUUCGUUGGAAGCAUGGUGGCAGGCAGAUGUUUGUUUCUCUAAAUGGACGAGGGAAACCACGGCGAGGUCACAAGGCUCGACGAAGGCACCCAUCCACUCACUUCCUGCCGAUGCUUCCCUCUUAGGCGUGUCCGAGUCAGAACUCUUAUCGGCAGCUGCUUGGCUCACCAGUCCUCUUGAGUUGAUGCCGAUCUAGAUGAGACAACAAUCUUUCCUCUUUAUUUAUCCAUCCUCAUGUUACAUAAAUGUACAUUUGCUGAGGUCUGUAACAUUUUAGACUUAGAGUAUCUGCUUAUUAAGUUAUUCUCUACAUUUUCUGAUGAGGUUAAUAUAAUACAGUGCAGUCUGAAACUAAAUAUAUUGCAUUUUCUCUGCAACUUUCCCACUUAUAAGUGUAUGUGAACUGCACUGAAAUAUGUGAGACCUAAUUACUGUCAAAAGUAUUAAAACAAAAGCGAUUAUGAUAUUGCUUUAAAUCAGAGAGGAAGGAGAAGACAUUGGAGUUUUACUGUUUUUUUUUAUUAAGAAGAUUUCAAGAUGUUUCUUAAACCAAACAUAUUUAGUAAUUCAGUUCAAAAAUCAAUCAGAUAUUUUCCACCUACAUUAAAACAAACCAACAUUCAAAACAAUUUUAGCUUCCAUCUUAGGAAAUGUUAAUUUCUUUAAGCCAAAUUAAGAGAUAAAAAACAAGUAAAACACUUAAAGUAAAAACUAAAAUAUGUAAUGAAUAUUUUGCAUAAAAAUGUUUCAUAAGGUACAAAGUACAUUUACAUAUGGCACAUUUUAUAAUCUGGAUUCUUUCAGUAAACAAAUCUACAACCUAAUGAACUUCCCAUGGUUUAAUUUAUUUCCCACUUUCAAACCCAAAAUAAGAUAUAAAAAGUAGAUUAAGGGAAAUGUUUUAAAAUCAGGGUUCAAACUCUGACAUUAGGGGUACAGUGCUGGUCAUUUGGCCCUUUUAUUAGUAUUGGCAAAGAGGCAAGAAAUGGUAUAAAAUGGAACUUCUUCAAUGGUAUUUUUCAUCAACCAUGAGGUAAAUUGGUAUUCCCACUUUGACCACUGGGACAACAAACUGGUGUUAUGCACUAUUCAUAUAUUCAUAGUCUAAAGAAAGGAUUUUGCCUUUGCGUCACCUAAAAUUAUCUUAGACGGUUCAGAAGCUCUAAAAACAAGCUUGAUUAAAAAUGGACAAGACAAAAAAAUUAGUCCAAAUUAAAGGUACAAUAAAAAACCAUAAAAGGGAAAUAAAUAACAUGAAAGGUUUGCAAAUAUUCAAGUUUAUGGGAAUAAAAUUGGCCUGUUUAAACGUACAAAUUUGGCUUUAUGGAUUAAUGAAAAGGCAAUCAGACCCAGAGCCUUCCGGCCUGAGGUUAUUUUCUUUUGCUUACAGUAGGCCUAAGUUAAACUAAAACACACAGCUAGAUUUGAAUUGAAUCUAUCAUUCAUUAAUCUUAAUUAACCUUUGAACUUAAUUUAAAAUUUAAUUUUUCUCAGUUUAGACACUUGGUCAGUUUGAAUUUUUGUCUGAUGGUAUCUCCAUUUCAGUCAAUUUAAUCAUGCAAUUUGAGAGAAUAUAAAACCAAAGUAACUUUAAUAACAUUUAUUAAAGUCAAAAACUUACUUCAAUAUGUAUGAGUAUAUGACUGUGAUAACCUUACAUCAUGGAGUUAAAUAUGUUACUUUAUGCAUGGUUGAUUCAAAAUGCCAUAUGGCAAAUGGCACCAUUUUGCUUUAGAAAAUGUCAGGACUAAAAUCUGCAAAAGUAUAAAAUGAUGAGGAGGUUAAAUGACCAGCAAAUGUACCAGAGACUUGCAGAGACUCAAGUCAUCAAACUGCUGAUAUCCUUUAACUUCCUUCGUAUGUUUCUGCUCCUUUCUGUCAGAUCUGACCUCAUUCUCAGCCUUUUGAUAAUAUAUUAGAAAGCAUGAACAUAAAACAUGAAGCAUGUCAUCUGGCUUCUCAUACUGAACAUGUCAGCAGACACAUCAAACCAUCAUCAACUUUAAACUAAGUACGGUAGUAAAUAGUUUGAUACAUAUGGCCUUUCUGUAAGGACUUUCUAACCCUAGACAACACAACUGUUGCUGAUAGAACAUUUAAAAUAUUUAAUACUAUUUUUACUCGUUAACCGUCAAAGUUGAUGUAUAUUGUUAUUUUUGCUUUUGUUGUUGGACUUUAAGAAAAUACUUGUAUACCUUUUUUUUUGUUUGGCUCAGUUUGUAUAACAAUACUACUACUGGAUAUUGGUACGUUUGUGAUCCGCAUACUGUAUGUAGCAGUUUUCAGUUAUCGGUCGGUUGUAUAUAUACGUUUAUUUCAUAGAAAACAAUCCUAAAUUCCAUUUAAGCUAAGUCAUUUGAGUGCUUUCGUGCAAGAUUGGAAAACCCAAAUAAAAUCUGGAAA